GUAUUAUAUAAAGAUCGAGUCGGGAAAACUUCCACAAGGCAUCAGGCAGAGCUUUCAAAUGGCAGAACCCAAGGUUAUACCCUUGCUAAUUGACAGUCAAUUUGUCGUUGAACCCAUUGCUUAUCGAUAUCCGGCGAAUGUUGUUCCAUCCCUCAUCGACCAAUCGUUGCCAACCCUGUCGGACUCGAUUCAAGGGGCAGACAAAGCAGCCUGUCUUGCAGCGGUAGAGUCUUGUGCACGCGCGUUUCCGGCAUGGGCAGCUACUAGUCCUUUCGAGAAACGUAGACUCUUCCUGAAGCUCUCGCAACUUUUGAGAAGCAAAGGGGAGGAGAUCAGGGGUAUCGUCGAGCAGGAGAUCUCUUGCUCUCGCUUGUGGUCCUAUAUCAAUCUCGAGGAUUCCAUUGGGCUCAUAGACGAGCUCGCAGCUUUGACAACUUCCGACAAGCUCGGCGGCUCUAUACCUAUGGGCACAGAAAAAUCUACCGCUUUGGUGUUCAUGGAGCCUCUGGGUGUCAUUCUGGGAAUCGCUCCUUGGAAUGCGCCUUUGAUACUAGGAAUUCGUUCGGUAGCCGCAGCGGUGGCUGCGGGAAAUACAGCAAUAUUGAAAGGUUCGGAGCUCAGUCCUCGAACUCACUUCUUCAUUGCCAACUUGUUUCUCGAAGCCGGCUUCCCGCGAGGGGUCGUGAAUUUCAUCACGCAUCGAGCUGAAAAUGCUGUCGAAUGUUUCGAUACCAUCAUAAAUCACACCGCUGUUCGUAAGUGUAACUUUACUGGAUCAACUGCAGUUGGUAGAUCGGUUGCAUCGAAGGCAGGGGCUGCCCUCAAGCCAGUUUUACUGGAGCUUGGGGGAAAGAACUUCGCAGUCGUGCUUGGAGACGCGGAUCUGGACAAAGCCUGCCAAAAGAUUUUAGAGGGCGCCUUUCUCAAUAACGGGCAGAUCUGUAUGUCCACGGAUACUGUAUUGGUCGUCGAAUCGGUCGCAUCUGAUCUGAAGGCAAAGUUGGCCGGGAAUUUGUCAGUGGUACUACCAGAUGUCAGCCAUGUCAUCACAGACACUAGCAGAGUUCGUUUGAAACGCUUAUUGUCUGAUGCGCAAUCAAAAGGAGGGCAACUACUCGGGGCCCCCCAGAUCGAGAGCGAAGAGAGAAGCUUUCCACCCACCAUCAUCGACGCGAUAACUUCCAAUAUGGACUUCGGCCACCUUGAAGCAUUUGGCCCAUUACUAGGCAUCCGCGUUGUUGGAAAUGAGCAAGAGGCUCUCCAAAUCAUGGCCGAAUCGACAUACGGUCUCUCGGCUGCCAUCUUCUCGCGCAACCAUUUUCAAGCUUUGCAGCUUGCUCGGCAGAUGAAGGUCGGAGCUGUUCAUAUCAAUGGCGCAACUGUUCAUGAUGCCCCCAAUCUGCCACAUGGGGGCGUUGGAGACAGUGGCUUUGGGAGAUUCGGAGCUCACUGGGGAUUGAUAGAGUUUGUGCAGACCAAAACAAUCAUCAUCAACGAAUGAAUGUACAUGUAUAUAUGUAAGCAUGAGAAAUCUGAUGUUCAC